AUGCCUUCUUCAUCUGCCGCCUUUAACCCGCGCCAGCGCCUCUCCAUCCUCACCAACUCCAAGCUCGGCCAUGAUGUCAGCGCUGCUUUCAAAGCCUCCAGCGUAGCCUCGCGCUCCGCAGACAUCAACGAGACACCCGCACCACCGCCAUCGCCAAUCGACUUCAGCUUCCCAGCAACGCCCAUGGAGCAGCGAUCACGGAGCGGAAGCCAGUCCGAGCGCGUUGGACAAAAGGGGAUGUGCAUUCUCUCAUCGACGUGCACCACGACCGAGGACGGGGAUUACGAUGGGUGUACAUUCGGUGUUUACAUGGACAUGCCAGAGACAUUUGGUACUUUGCUUGACUUGGGCAUCGAGUAA